AUGGCAAACGCAUCUAACGAUAAUGAUGAAAAUAAUAAUAACAAAUUACCUAUAGAUUGUCAAGUAUGCCACGAAUUAAUGUCAGAUAACAGUAAUACACCUUUUUAUCUAACCUCCUGUGCUCAUGUCUUGUGUUCAAAACAUUAUGAUAAAAAUACUACAAUAUGUCCUUAUUGUAAUGCUCGCGGUAUAACUGUAUUGAAUCUAAAAGAAAAUGACAAAAGUAAUGAUGAUGAAGAAAUCAAUAAGUUUUUUGAACCCUUACCUUUACAAUUGGAGAAUUUAUAUAGCAUAUCUAUGUUUCAAAACAAAAUCUUGCAAAAUAGAUGUAAAUAUCUAUAUGAUUAUAACAAGAUAUUAACUGACAAAGUUAGUAAACAAAGACAAAUAUUAAUUAAAGCUAGAGAUGAGAUAAAUAACAUCCAUGUGAAAUAUAAGGAAAAAAUUCGUAUGUUGGAAAAGAAAAUAAAUCGUAACAAUAAUAAUAAUAAUGUUAUAUUAAUAGAAGAAGAUAAUCAAAAUUAUGAAAAAAAUAGAGUUCAAAAGUUUAAUAACAAUAAUGUGGAUCCAAUGAUGAAAUCUUUUAUUAAAAAAGUUAAAAAAAAUUCUACCCUAUCACGAGCAUCCAUAGCAAAAGCAAGUGAAGGUAAUAUUGAUGCAACUAGUAAUAAUAAUUAUUAUAAAAUAGAUAAACAUAGAGUUAUAUCAGGACCUAGAACUGCGACAUCGAUAGUAGCAAAAAAUAUAAUAGGAGAAACAACAGAUAUGGUAGAAGAUACAUCGGAAAUUGAAAUUGGUCGUGGUGGCAGCAUUACAACUGCAGAUACAAAUAAUAAUAAUAAUAAUAAUAUUAAUAGAGUGUUUAAUAAAUUAGGUAUUAUACCUAAUAAUCAUAAUACUGGUAACAUGGAGUAUGCGACAAGACAUAAUAAUAUACCUAAUAGAAGAAGAAACUUAACCGAUUAUAGUUACAUGCAUUAUACGCACACGCCUAGUAACAACAAUAAUAGUAUAAUAUCAAGUCGUAAUGGUUUAAAUAGUAACAAUAAUAAUAUUAAUAACUUAGGAAUGUUAAGAUACAUGAAAACCAAUACUGGUACAGCAGCAAGACAAUUAGACACUGGGUUUUCUAUGAAAUAUCCGGUAAACUCCCCCUCAUCCACACCGACUACAUCAUCCCACUUACUAUCAUCGAAAUUUAAAAGAAGACGAUAA